AGGUCAAACAGCAACACACGGCUCCCCCAGUCCAGUGCCACACCCAGGGAUUGGAACAUCUCGGUGCUGGCUGUGUCCCAGAGCUGCACGUAAGAGGCAGAAAGACCAAGUUACACUCCUGGGCUGCAAUCCACCUUUCUGGAAGAAGGGACGACACAGAAAUCCAAGAUUCUCCAAGCCACACUGGGAGCCCAGGGACCUCAGGCAUUCUGGUGUAAUUCUAUGGAGCAGUAAAGUGCCCAGUUGUUAGGGAAAGUGAGGAACCGCUCAGCCAGCCUGCCUGGUAGCAUCUGGUGGGUCAGGCAAUCUUAGAGCCACACAAACCAAGCCUGGGCGGCUGGAAAACAGGCCCAAAGGAGGGGGCUCCAGCUCUUACCUGCACAGUUAACAUCUGGCCUUUGAACUGCAUCACUUAGAUAAAGAAGUCAGCACCGAUGGUUGCCCUUUUCUGACUGCUGAAGUAGUUGGUGACAAACCGAUUCAACAGAGGACUUGACCACCCCGUGUGGUCACAGGUCAGAGGGGCCUCUGAAUUCAGGUUCCCCUAGGACAUGGAGAAGGAGCGGGAGACUCUGCAGGCCUGGAAACAGCGUGUGGCGCAGGAGCUGGACCGCGUGCUGGCUUUCUGGAGGGAGCACUCCCACGACCAGGAGCACGGGGGCUUCUUCACGUGUCUCGGCCGCGAUGGGCGAGUGUAUGACGACCUCAAAUAUGUCUGGCUGCAAGGGAGGCAGGUAUGGAUGUAUUGUCACCUGUACCGCAAAUUCGAGCGCUUCCACCACUCUGAGCUUCUGGACGCAGCAAAAGCAGGUGGCGAAUUUUUGCUGCGUUAUGCCCGGGUGGCACCUCCUGGCAAGAAGUGUGCCUUUGUGCUAACUCGGGAUGGCCGCCCAGUCAAGGUGCAGCGGACCAUCUUCAGCGAGUGCUUCUACACCAUGGCCAUGAACGAGCUGUGGAGGGUGACAGGGGAAGUGCGUUACCAGAGCGAAGCGGUAGAGAUGAUGGAUCAGAUCGUCCGCUGGGUGCGGGAGGACCCGUCGGAGCUGGGCCGGCCCCAGCUGGCAGGGGCCCCGGCCGUGGAGCCCAUGGCAGUGCCCAUGAUGCUGCUCAACCUGGUGGAGCAGCUCGGGGAGGCGGAUGCGGAGCUGGCGAGCAGAUACUCGGAGCUGGGGGACUGGUGCGCCCUGCGGAUCUUGCAGCACGUGCAGAGGGAUGGCCAAGCUGUGCUGGAGAAUGUGUCAGAGGAUGGCAAGGAACUUUCUGGUUGCCUAGGGAGACACCAGAACCCAGGUCAUGCACUAGAAGCUGGCUGGUUCCUGCUCCGUCACUCCAUCCGGAAAGGUGACCCCAAACUUCGAGCUCACAUUAUUGACAAGUUCCUUUUGUUGCCCUUCCGCUCUGGAUGGGACCCUGAGCACGGAGGCCUCUUCUACUUCCAGGAUGCUGAUGACCUCUGCCCCACCCAGCUGGAGUGGGCCAUGAAGCUCUGGUGGCCUCACAGCGAAGCCAUGAUCGCCUUCCUCAUGGGCUACAGUGACAGUGGGGACCCUGUGUUGUUGCAUCUGUUCUACCAGGUGGCUGAGUACACCUUCCACCAGUUUCGUGAUCCUGAGUAUGGGGAAUGGUUUGGCUACCUGAAUCGAGAGGGAAAGGUUGCCCUCACCAUCAAGGGGGGUCCUUUCAAAGGCUGCUUCCACGUGCCGCGGUGCCUAGCCAUGUGCGAGGAAAUGCUAGGCGCCCUGCUGAACCGCCCCGCCCCGGCGCCCGGCUCCGGCGCCCGCUCCCCGCCCACCGUCCCCGCCCGCUGAGGCGCAGAAUAAAGCUAGGUCUGCUCCA